GUCUGAACAGCACUCAACGAUGGCAGCGAAACUGACAGACAAAGAAAUUGCGGACAUAUUCAAGGUCAUUGACAAGGAUGGGAACGGAAAAAUAACCAAACGGGAACUGUCAAAAUUCUUCAAAAAUAACAAGGCGGAAUACAGCAGCAAGCAAAUCAAAACCUAUAUCAAAAGCAUCGACAAAGAUGGUGAUGGUAAAAUAAAUCUGACCGAGUUGACAACAGCAUUACGUGGAUGCCAGAAGAGCAAAUGAUUGGCAACCGCCUCGAACGUUUACAUACAUCUUGUGUUGUCUGUCUGGACGAUUUUGUUGAUUCCGUAGAAGACUGAUAUUUCGU